AUGCGCGGCAACGAACCUUCCACUGCACACAGGGAGGUGGACACAGAGAAGCGCGCCUCAAAACGUUCGCAAGCAUGCAACUCCCGGAAUAACUACAGCAAAGAAGAUAUCGAGCUCCUUGUGCGGAAGACCAUUGACGGUACAGACACGUCCCGUAUCUCGAAUGAAAAGGUGCGCAAACUUGUCGAGGACAUCUAUGAACUUCGCCCAAAGUACGAGCCUCCGGGGCUCAAAGAGCGAGAGGGAACGGUGAGCCUGCUCGAGUUUCUACAAGAGAGCGCCAUCGAGCCGAGUAAACAGCUUCGUUCGGUUCCGAGUUCGCGCGUAUCACUUCAUGCGCCGGCGUUGUUCGCGUCUCUCAAGAAGACCUUUGGAUUUCUUCGUAUACGUUCUGCGGGCUUCAAAUCAGAGUCUUCCCCGAAGCCAUCCAGAGUCGAACCGCUUGUAUUUGAGGACCAUGUCACCUCACCCAUUGCUUCGACACUUAUACCUCGCGAAGCAGUUCAAAGUCUGGACCCAGUUCCUCCGAAGAAGAAGGCUACUCCUGCUACCCCUGGCGGUCAUUCACGAGCCCAAGAGUACCCGCCUGAUACGCCUGAUCGCCCGGCACCCUUGAGAAUCAGGCCUCGCCCUGCACGUUCUCAACCACUGUCCGAUUCCUCGUCUUCCCGUCAUAUGCUGUCGCCUAAGAAUUCUGUUUCCCCUUCGCAGUAUACUCGACAGCCGAGGUCGUCCGUGUACGAUGACCCGUUCGUUUCCAAAGUUGAUGGCAAUGCAACACGCUGUGGAACCAUCAGCACUACCACGAGCAAGAUCACGGAUGGCGCCACCGCUGAUUUAGAGGAUUUGUUUGAGUAUCUUCAGGCCGCUCUCAAGCAUGUUCAGCUCCCCAACUCAGAGUCUAGCUCGGUGUACUCGGACACCCAUGAACCAAAACGGUAUAGCGCCAUCGUUAACAGCAUUGCUGAGUCUUGUCACGAUACGAUCGUCAAGAAAGAAGAACAUGCGUAUGCAUCACUAUGCACCUCGAAUACUGCCGAUAACGAGGUAGACUGGGAGACGGUGCAAGAAUCCGAAUCUGAACUCGAGGUUAGGAGUCGCCACCACAGCUACUACGAUUCAGAUGGCUUCCUGAUUCAGGACUCGGAUCUGCAAAAGGAAGACGUAGGCCAAGAAACUUUAGGGGUAGUCAUCGCUUUGCUGACUCUCGAAUAG